UAGCAAAGGCUCUAUGCGGUACAAUGGGGGAUCGGAAUACAUCUCAACCUUCUGUCGUCGCCGAUCUGCUCACCUCCGGUCAAGAUGCUCAGAUCAAUCCGUGGAUGAUGGUUUCACGCAACCGUGAGGUCCUGCAGAAUAUGUGGGAGAUCGAGAACUCUCUACGCGAACUUUGCGAGAUCUGGGCGAACUGGGCGAGAUGGAGAAAUAUCUAGCCUCACUUUGCGCCCAGCAAAUCCAACUGGCCGAUUUGACGAAAUCAAUGUCGGAGCAGCUUCGCUCACUACCACGCAGUCGACCUGAAACGGCGGCGAUUCCAAAUUCCACGGUGUAUAAGGCCGUUAAUCCUUACCUAAGCUUGCCCAGAAAUCAUGCAUCAAUGACAGUAGAUCCAGAGGUAGCUAUUAGAUCUGUAUAUUUAUUUGUGUGUUUUGGGAACGAAGAAUUAACUAAUGCAAUCUAUGAAGUGAAGUUCAAACACGGAGGAGUCGCUAGUGAACCCCUGGUUGUUGAAUUAGUUAACAGGUUCUAUGAGGGUGAGAAGAAUGAGAAUGUUGGCACGCGGGGGGCUGUACGGUUUUUCCACCUCUCCAAUUUAUACGUCCCUACAAAGGAUGGUGGAUAUAUUAUUGACACAAAGACUAUGUCAAGAUCUUCAUCUUUUCCUCCUACCCUAGGCUAUAAAUCAGUUCCUAUUUUUGUGUCUGCAUAUGACAAGCUGUAUUGUCUUGCAAGUCCAUUUUCCAUCUCACCAAUUCUGGAGCCCUCCUUCGAGAGAUUUGAUCCUGAUACGAACAUGUGGGAGAAAAUGCCGCCGUAUCCAUUUUAUAAUGAUUAUGAAAUCCACAUGAAUAUAACUGGUUAUGCCGUUUGUUAUGGCGUUAUUUUGUUUUCAUUGUGUAGCAUAAAAGAAAAUAAUUUCGAUGUCGUUGCAUUUCACGUGGGUAGAAAACAAUGGAAGCCAGUGGAAGUUGAUGAUUCUGUGUAUAAUGCUCCUUUCCGAGGAAGGGCUGUGGUUGUAGGCAAAACUAUAUAUUCCUUACGUCAGGGGGAAGUUAUAGCAUUCUCCUUGGGGCUGGACAAAGAUGAUAACGGUGGUGUUGUAUAUACCCUAAACCAACUGUUUGUAUUGCAAGGCCUGGAGGUUGCGGAGCCACUGUUCGCAUUUGAUUUGUGUUGGAGUGAGUAUUUGGUUCAUUUGGGGAACAAUGACUUUUUCCAUGUCAAGACUGAAUGUGGCAUUGACACGGUUCCAUAUCUUCGUACCACCACGUUUCAAAUUGUUGUUGGAGAAGGAGGAAGACAUAUGAUCAAGACCAUACAUUCAAAUGUUCAUUCUUUGGAUUUAGAGGAGAUUGAAUGGUUCAAUCUUUUUUUCUGCUUCACGCUUGAGUGCGGAGAUUAUGAACCUAAAGAAGAGGAGAGCGUGACUAGUAUGAAUCAGCCAAAACAAGUGGAAACCAGCCUGGAUGAUAAUUGUUCUGUGGUGAAACAAAGGAGAAUGGCAAAGAAAGAAGCUAGGCAUGGAAUAGCUGCCAGGAAAAUGGUAUUAAAUUUUGAAACAGGAAAUUGGGAGGUUGGCUGUCGGGCACCGUGAAAGAGUUUAUGUGAUAAGUAAGAAAGUGGUGAUGUUUAUUAGUUGGAAAAUAAUGGGUGUUCAUCUAGAAGUGGCCAUUCCCGAACAUGUUAUUCAUGUAACAUUGCUUGCUUUUAUUUUAGACCUUUUGAACUUGUAAGGAUUAUACUUGGGUGUGAGUUCACUUAAUUUCUUCAAGAAUUUGGAGGGUCUCCUUUAAGUUGUAACAUUAGCAUGUAACCCUGGAGUAUCUUUUUUCUUAAUUAGUGUUCUCCCUUGGGUCUCUACAUUGUACAUUGUACAGUGUACAUUGUUCCUGGUCCUACCUACCCAGAAACCAACUCUGAUCAAAAGAAAUUAGUCUCCCUAAGCAUUUUCUUUGACUCGUUUCACUCUGUUAGCAAGAUUGUUGACUCAAAAAUAAAUUCUGAAUUA